AGGGAAUUCCCAUCGGUUGUGGAAAUAAAAACAAUUUUAAGAUACUAGGUAAGCUGAGUAAGCACAUGAAAAUCUCACCGGAAACAACAUUAGAAGAAUAGUUGUAACAGUGAAAUGCCUUUACCAACGUUGGGACUUUUUAAUUCAGUUUCUUUGCCGAGCUUGGCUGUUGAGCCAAUGCAAGUAGAUGGUGAGCCAGAAGAAAGUAACGAACAACCACGAGAAGCAAACUUCACUGUGGAGGCGCCGACAUUGGAUUUGGAUGCUUAUGCUUCUUCCUACUCUGGUAUCAUGAGGAUUGAGCGGCUUGUGUUUGUUGCAACACAUGCUCCUACACUCAGGGUAGAAGCGUUAAGAAUGGCUUGCGCUUAUGUAAAAAAGACAAUCAAUGUAACCUAUUACCAAGAAAUUCAUGAAAAACUGGUGGAUGCAAUGCGUAAUGAUGAAAGCAACUUCGCGAACCAGAUCCCAACUCUGGAUCAAUUCUGGGUUGAACAAACUUCCAAACAUGCGAGUACAUUGCUAGAAAAACUUGACAUUGAUUUAAAGAACUGUAAAAGCAAUUCAAUUAAAGAAAGCAUAAGGAGAGGGUUUGAUGACCUUGGCAGUCACUACCUGAAUAUGGGAGAUUUAAGCAACGCCCUAAAAUGCUACAGCAGAGCUAGAGAUUAUUGUACUUGCCCAAAACAUAUUGUUAAUAUGUGUCUCAAUGUUAUUAAGGUUUGUGUUUAUCUUGGAAAUUGGUCGCAUGUGUUGACCUUUGUCAACAAAGCUGAAGCAAUCGGAGAUUUUAAUGAAAAGGAAAGAGAUCAACAAAGUCAAGCAAUAUUUACUAAGUUGAAAUGUGCAGCUGGAUUGGCACAAUUUGCGACCGGUAAAUUUAAAAUGGCUGCCAAGAGCUUUCUACAAGCCUCUGUUGACCACUGUGACUUCCCAGAGCUUCUGUCUCCAAAUAAUGUUGCUGUGUAUGGUAGUCUGUGUGCGCUUGCUACCUUUAGUCGGGAGGAAUUGCAAGCUUCUGUGAUAUCCAGCAGUUCAUUUAAACUACUGCUGGAAUUGGAGCCAACAAUUCGAGAAAUUGUCUUUGCGUUUUAUAAAUCACAGUACGGUAGAUGCUUGUUGUUGCUACAAAGUGGGAGAGACAACCAUCUGCUUGAUCUUUAUCUAUCUUUGCAUCUUGACCAGUUAAUUGCAAAGAUUCGCUGCAGGGCCUUGAUACAGUACUUCAGCCCUUACAAGUUAGCAGAUAUGCAGAAAAUGGCGACUGCGUUUAACUGUAGUGUGAACGAAUUGGAAGAUGAACUGAUGCCUCUCAUACUCGAUGGACAGAUUCAAGCAAGAAUUGAUUCUCAGAAUAAGAUACUUCAUGCAAGAGAUACCGAUGACAGAAGUUUGACAUUCGCUCGUACACUUGAUUUAGGGAAGGAAUAUCUUCACAGAACUAAAGCUCUGAUCCUACGCAACGCUGUUAUUCGAAACAACAUAUCUGUGCAAAUCGCUCCAUCAAAAGACGCUGAAGCUACUAGUAGCGCUGCAAGGUGAUAAAAUCAAUGCUUGUUUCGUAAAGCAGUUUACAAUUCGAAUAUUAAUGUAUUAUUUCCAACACAGAAUAGCCCAUGUACAUUUUGCAGCUACAAGGGGGAAAUUAAAAUAAAAAUAUAGUAUGUUCAUAUUCUACAUUUUUGUGGUUUAUUAUCGUAUAGCUAAUAGGUUGGUAUAUUUGUAAACUGAAUGGUUAUAACAGUCAAGUUGCUUUUUAAUGCCGAUCACACAUUUCAUUAAAAGGUGCUUUUGCCAUAAUUUAAUUUCAAUAUUGUUUAUCAAAAUUUCAUAGCUUUCUUCAUAUUUAUUUACUUGAAAAAAAAAUAAAUUUCGAACACCCGG